CGGACCUCUCGCCAGCCAGCCAAGCCAGCGAAACGCUUCGAACGCAGACGCGAAUCACCGGGCGGGGAUCCGAAUCAGCCACCCCACCGCGCCAGAAGGCAUGGCCGCCUCGCGCGCGCUGCUCCCCACCCCGCACGCGGCCGCCGCCGCGGCCGCGAGCCCCGCGGGGGCGCGGGCACGCCGACUCGCCGCCGCCUCCUCGGCCUCGGCCUCGCUUCCGUCCGCGGCGCGGCUGCUCCGCGUCCGGUGCGCGACGCUGUCGUCGCCAGCGCCCGUGGCGGCGGCGGAGGCGCCGGCGCGCCGGAUCUCGCGGGCCGGGUCGGACGGGGCGCUGCGGCCCAAGCCCGCGGUGCUGGUGGCCGAGAAGCUGAGCGAGGCCGGGCUGGCGGUGCUGCGGGAGUUCGCGGACGUAGAGUGCGCGUACGGCAUGGCCCCCGCGGAGCUCCUCGCCAGGGUGCCCCAGUUCGACGCGCUCAUCGUGCGCAGCGGCACCAAGGUGACGCGGGAGGUGCUGGAGGCCGGGCGCGGGCGGCUGCGGGUCGUGGGCCGCGCGGGCGUCGGGAUCGACAACGUCGACCUCCAGGCCGCCACCGAGGCCGGCUGCCUCGUCGUCAACGCGCCCACCGCCAACACCGUCGCCGCCGCGGAGCACGGCAUCGCGCUGCUCGCGUCCAUGGCGCGCAACGUCUCGCAGGCCGACGCCGCGCUCAAGGCCGGUAAAUGGCAAAGAAGCAAGUACGUGGGGGUUUCCCUAGUUGGGAAGACUCUUGCCAUCAUGGGAUUCGGUAAGGUUGGUUCAGAGGUAGCACGCCGAGCGAAAGGGCUCGGUAUGCAUGUGAUCGCCCAUGAUCCCUAUGCCCCUGCCGAUCGGGCGCGUGCCAUCGGAGUAGAGCUGGUUUCUUUCGACGAGGCCAUAGCAAGAGCCGAUUUCAUCUCCCUCCACAUGCCACUGAUACCGACAACAUCCAAGAUCUUCAAUGACGAGUCCUUUGCCAAGAUGAAGACUGGUGUUCGGAUCAUCAAUGUGGCCAGGGGCGGAGUGAUCGAUGAAGAUGCUCUAGUGAGGGCCCUUGAUUCAGGCAAAGUUGCGCAGGCGGCUCUUGAUGUCUUCACCGUGGAGCCCCCACCUAAGGACAGCAAGCUGGUGUUGCAUGAGAACGUGACUGUAACACCCCACCUUGGAGCAAGUACUGUGGAGGCCCAGGAAGGAGUCGCUAUCGAGAUCGCGGAAGCUGUGGUUGGUGCACUGAAGGGCGAGCUCGCAGCGACAGCCGUGAAUGCGCCCAUGGUCCCAGCUGAGGUUCUGUCAGAGCUCGCUCCUUACGUUUCGCUGGCAGAGAAGCUCGGCAGGCUGGCUGUGCAGCUCGUCGCCGGCGAGAGCGGCAUCAAGGGCGUGAAGGUGGUGUACACCACAGCCCGCGGCCCCGACGACCUGGACGACACGAGGCUCCUCCGCGCGAUGGUGACCAAGGGCCUGGUGGAGCCCGUGUCCAGCACGUUCGUGAACCUGGUGAACGCGGACUACACCGCGAAGCAGCGCGGCCUCCGCAUCACGGAGGAGCGCGUCGCGCACGACAGCCCGGCCGCCGAGGCGCCGCUGGAGUCGAUCCAGGUCCGGCUCUCGCAGGUGCAGUCCAAGUUCGCCGGCGCCAUCAGCGACGGCGGGGACAUCGUGCUGGAGGGCCGGGUCAAGUACGGCGUGCCCCACCUCACCCUCGUGGGCCCCUACGAGGUGGACGUCAGCCUGGAGGGAAAUCUGAUCCUGUGCCGUCAGAUCGACCAGCCCGGGAUGAUCGGCAAGGUCGGCAACAUCCUCGGCCAGAGGAACGUGAACAUCAGCUUCAUGAGCGUCGGCCGGACGUUCCGCGGCAAGCAGGCCAUCAUGGCCAUCGGCGUCGACGAGGAGCCCGACAAGGAGACGCUGGAGAAGAUCGGCGGCAUCCCAGCGAUCGAGGAGUUCGUUUUCCUCGAGCUAUGAUGGAAAGCGAGAUUUAUGUAGGAUUGAUAUCUGAGAUAGUACGUGAUGAACUUGGGGAUUUGACGUCUGAUGGCCACAGGGAGGAACGCGAUCUGUCUAUCUCUGUCUGUCUCUAUCUCGGGACCUCUACAUUCUUUACGUCAGGAUAAGCAAGUAGUAGUAUAUGUGAAGGCCUCAAGGGUGCCUUGGGUAGUUGGGUUGGCGCCUGUCUGAAUAAGAUGUGUGUGACGUUAUUAUGUGUCUGUAUAAACAGUGUAUCUCUAUCGGCGUAAUGCGUGGUUAUAAGAACAGCAUCACGGUCGGAAACGCAGACUUUCUGUACCGUGUGUGUGUGGUGGAAUAAAUUGUGAUAUUGUUUUAUGAACCCAAA